AUGCGCAGUAGCCACAGUCCCGAGUCUUCAGUCGCCUGUAGUUUCCUCACAGCACCAGCAGAUGUCGCUGAAGCUUUCAGUGGCUUCUCGCUGAAAGCCUGGGUGAAGCUCAGGGCCAGCGCUAAACCGCAACAUGAUCACUCCGUAGGGACCCUACAGCUCUCUGCUCCAGCUUUCCUUACACUUAACAGCCAUGAUUCCAGCACCAGCGGGGUGUCCAGGGCGGAGUUACCAAAAGAUCCAGAAGAUGAGGCUGAGGAAGAUGAUGAUGGGUCCCGAGAGCACGAAGAAGUCCCAGAAGCUGAGCGGCGCAAAGAUGCCGAGCAGGAACAGGACGAGACCGGCCACGUCCAGGACGACGGCCAGGAGGAAGAAGCCGAAGCAGCGUCCGACGUACGCGGUGCAGUCCAUGGCUCCGGCGCUCGGAGAUCUCAGUGUGGGUUACAGAGCGAAGACGCCACGCAUUCCUGCACUGGAUUAACGAGUCUGACUGCUACGCUGCUGUGA